AAUGUUUUUUUUAUUGUCGUUGGCAAAAAAAAAAAAAAAAAUUCAUGGUUCUGUUCAUGUUGUUAAAAAUUUAGGUUGGAUUAUUGUAUGAAAAUGCCACCUAAAGUCAAACCUGCUCAACCUAGUAAGAAAACUAUCGAAAAGAAAAAGGAGAAAGUGAUUGAAGACAAGACAUUUGGGCUGAAGAACAAGAAGGGGGCCAAGCAGCAGCGGUUCAUUCAGCAAGUCCAGCACCAGGUGAAAACUGGAGGACCAGGUGCCAAGAAGACGGAGGAUGUCAAGAAACUGGAGAAGGAGAAAAAGUUGUUGGAGCAGAAGGAGAUGAACCUCCUGUUCAGGCCUGUCGCCACCCAGAAGAUUGAGAAAGGGGCAGACCCCAAGUCGGUGCUGUGUGCCUUCUUCAAGCAGGGGCAGUGCAGCAAGGGGGACCGCUGCAAGUUCUCGCACGACCUGACACUCGAGCGGAAGGCAGAGAAGCGCAGUCUGUACGUGGACAUGCGGGACGACGGGGAGGACACCAUGGAGAACUGGGACGAGCAGAAGCUGAUGGAGGUUGUCGAGAAGAAGCACGGAGAGGCUGAGCGCAAGAUGCCUCCCACAGAAAUUAUUUGCAAGUUCUUCUUGGAUGCGGUAGAGAAGAGCAAAUAUGGCUGGUUUUGGAGCUGCCCAAAUGGCUCGAACUGUAUAUACAGGCAUGCCCUUCCACCUGGAUUCAUGCUGAAGAAGGACCGCAAGAAAGAGGAGAAGAAGGACGAAAUCUCGCUGGAGGACCUGAUAGAGCGUGAGCGGGCCGCCCUCGGCUCUGUGCUCACCAAGAUCACUCUGGAGACAUUCACGGGAUGGAAGAAGCGCAAGCUGAAGGAGAAGAAGGAUGCUGCCCUGAGGGAGGAGGAGAGGAAGCGCUCGGAUUACAAGGCCGGCAAACAGAUGGGGUUCUCGGGGCGAGAAAUGUUUUUCUUCAACCCGGAGCUUGCGGCAGCUGAUCAGUUUGAAGAAGGAGAUGAAGCUUUUGAUUCCUACAACCUUCAGGAUGAUGAUGAUGAUGACCAAAUUAGUUAUGAGUACCGAGAAAUCCAGUUGGAUGCGCUGGCUCUCGAAGCUCAAGAGGUGGAUGGCACGGGUACCCAGGCUCCCGCCGACCGACUGAUUCCUCCUCCGGUGGACCACAGCAAGACCAACGGGGAACCUCAGCCUCCAGGUGAUGGUGCGGAUGAAGCCAUAGCUGUUCCCAUAAACGAGAACUUGUUUGUGGACGAUGAUGACCUUGAAGAUUUAGAAGAAGGUCUGGACGACCUCGAUAUCGAUCAUUGACCCCGGGACUCCAUGCUUGUAAAUGUGUGGCUUACAACCAUCUCCCCAUCGUAAUACAAGGCAUUGUUUUAAAUGUGAUGUAUCACGGUAUGUAGCAUUUUGCCCCAUCAGUGUCGGUUCAGAGUGUCGGGUGGUGUCGAUAGUUCAGCAGAGUGAUGCAGUGUCACUCCAUCAUACCUCAUGUUGCCAACAUAAAAUUCAUGAGAAUUGCAUGAAAUUACAAUAAGGAUUUUUUCUAAAUGUACAGCUCUAAUUGUAAAUACUUUAUAAGUGGUUUAAUAUGGUUUAAACAUGUUAGGUUGUAAUGGAUUUGUCAGUUUAUCAAUUAAAUUAGGUCAGCUGUAAACCCAAGGGUGUUUGUCAUUGCCUUAAUAUAAAUUACUUGUUGUGGUGUUUUUCAAGAGAUUUGUGGUUUUAGUUCACUUGAAAUUAGUCAUCAGUUGAAAAAAAUCAUCUGUUAUUUAAUUUAUACACAAACGUAAUUUGAAAAUAAGUACAUGGGAUUCUACUUUUUUCCAAUUCCUGAAGAUAUGGCAUUAGUAUAGGUAUGAAUGUGCCAAAAUUAUUCUUACACUAUUUUAAAAGAAAGCACUGCGCUUUAGCCUAAGUCAGUUCAUGCACGGGAUCGCAAACGCACCAUUUUCAGCAGUUUUAACUAAUAACUGUAGCGUAAAAACAUUCACUGGCACAAUCGUAAACAAGCGCUUUAUUCAGCAUUUUAAAAGUACAAGAAAUUAUCAAAAUCACAAAUUACUACACUAGAACCCCGAUUUUACGAAAUCUAGAUUUAACAAUGCAGCGAUUUUACGAAUACAUUCUCAGGAACCGUCGAAUAAUUGUAAAUUUUGAGACACCAAAAUUAAAAUAAUCAGAAAAAUUUUGAUAAAUUUUCAGUGAAAGCUUAUGCAAAUGUUAUUUUUUAACGCACAGUGUAUAUUUUGUGUGGAUUUUAAUAUUCCAUUUUACGUCUUUAUAAGAACAAAAAAAUGGGACAUUUUGUUUAAAAAUUUGGCAGCGAUGUAAGUGGGCUCGUGUGAAACUCGUCCAGCUCUUGAGCUAGUUUGGCUGCGGCGGCAUCAUGAUGUAUGGCUUACUUCUCCCUCCCUUGCUUCAAAUUCUUCAAGGUUAAAAAGCUCAUCCUUUCCAGAGACUUGAACCAUCUUGAUUCUCCCCUUUUAAUAUUCCAACAUUCUCUUCCCUUGUACAACAUUCCGUCAGAACACUGCGCGGUGUUGUAUAGUCUAUUCCUGGUAAAAUGAAUAUUUUUAAGGCCCACGUGGCAGCCAUUUACCUUUAUUAAAUACUGUAUAAGUUAUUAUAGCAUCAGACAUUAUACUUAAAAAAAAAAUAGACUAGGAACACUUUGUUUUAUUUUUGAUGGAUAAUCACAAACUUAAAAAUUUCAUCAAUGGCAAAAUUUAGCAGGACUGUAAAAAUAUUUAUUUUUCGCCACUGAACCACACUCACCUUUACCUCUCUCUGCAUUCCAACUUUUCCGGCACGUGAUGCAUAGCAGCCAUAACCAUGUGCAACGUGAGAGAAAAAAGAAAAGAAAUUGAGAAGUGACUCCCUCCCCCUAUGCCUAAUCGCUGGCAAUUAUCUUAACGCAUGUUGCAUUCCUCACAUUCGCUAGGGAGGUUCACCAGUAAACAGCUCUCAAAAAUUGUAUAAGUGAUGCUGUUUGUAGGCACGUAGUGCAGUUUUUCAAUCAAGCUGUGAACAGAGCUCAAAAACCAAAUGGCAUAAGUGACUCAGUUUGAAGGCACGAUGAUCAGUUUUUCAACUAAGCUCUUUCCAACUUUCUAGACACAAAUAAUUCCCAAUGGCUUUAAAAAAAUUGGGUUUCUAACUCUAAAAUGUACAGUUUAAUGAAUGUAUAUGUAAUUACAGUGCAGUAUAUUUUUAACUGUGAGCUGCUAAAGAAUUAACUUAUAAAGCUAAGGGCAGUGCCUAGAAAUGCAAGGCAGUAAAUUCUUCCAGCUUAUCAACCAGACCCUGGGCUAGUCUUUUCUAACUAUCAGUACUUCUGUUUCUCUUUUCACCCCUCCUUUAUUUCUUCCAUAAAGUUUAGAUACCAAUCUGUCCUUGGGGGAAAUUAAUAAAGGAGGGGAGGAAGAAAAGUAUCAGUGGUGGCUAAAUAAGAAGGGAAAGGAGGCUGAAUAAAUGGUUUGUUGAUUUUAUGUAAGAAAUGUAUGAAAAUGUGUAAGCCUAUUAGUAGGGGCCUGUUCUUUUCGCGAUCGCGAUUAAACGACGAUAAACGCGAAAUCACCGUUAAAUACAGUUUUUACGCGAAAUCGCCAUAACACAGCGUUUUUACACGGAAUUUUGUAUUAAAACGCGAAAUCGCAGUGUUUUUACGCGAAAUUUAAAUACUGGUUAAAGACUUGUCUCGUCAAUGGUAAACAAACACCGCAACAUGGCCGCCAAACAUUAAUCAUAAAUGAACUAAAGCAAACAAAAGCUUACACACGCUCACGUUAUAAUGUUAAACCCAAAAAUAUACUGUAAAAAUACGCAAAACUACGGCGUUUAUUUUCCUUUCCGGCAUAAUGUUUGGAUAGAUAAGACAAACAGGCGAAGUUUUAAAGCGUACACACACCGCUCGGGGCACUGAAAUCAGCUUAGAACAGCGACACCGGAUAAAUACAAAAGCAAGCAGAUGAUUGGGCGAAUGGUGUUUGGAACAGCCUUACGUGAGUGGCCAUAUCAUGUCCGCCGGGGGCGCUGGCAUAUAGUUGGAACAGCGUCGUAGUAUCAAGCUGAUUAUCGGGCGAACCAGGCACAAGCAUUUUAAAUCGCGGAAAAAUGUAAACAAAUAUUAAUUUUCGAAUGGUGUGACGAUGAUGAUUAGUUGGCCAACAGUUUUUAUAGAUUUUGUUGGGUCGUUACCACAACACGGAAAUACUAUAACGCCGAAUGUCAAAAUUGACCACAAAGCCGAAAUACCAUAACGCCGAAUGUCAAAAUUGACCACAAUGCCUAAAUAACAACUGAAUGAAUUUGUGUGCGUUUCUAAUGUACCUUUACGCCGAAAUACCACAAUCAAACCUUACCUUAUCUUACCUUACCUUACCUUACCCAACCCAACCCAACCCAACCCAACCCACCCCAACCCAACCCAACCCAACCUUUGUGGCAGCCCUGUAAUGACAUUUUUCGGCGUUGUGGUACACAGCAGUUUUCUAGCUGUCGUCGUUGUGAUCAAUUUGGCAUUUCGGAGUUGUGAUGCGUCCUCGAUUUUGUUAAAGGAAUUAAUAGUUUUCCAGAUUAGUUUAUGGGAACAAACUAAUAAUCAGUGUCUAAAUCAAAAGUAUUGUCAUAUAAAUAUAUGUAACCUAUUUGUUUAGGGUAUUCAGUAAUGAGUAGGUUCAAGUAAAAUUAUUUAACUUAAAUAAUUUCAGAUAUAUUUACGGUAACACACACUUUUUUUUUUAGUUUUUAGCACCGCUUUUGUGUUUUAAAAGUGAAUUUUAACACCGCUUUUGGUAAUUUUUAAUGACGAAAACUGAAAAUUUUAUUUACCACUUUCAGGGGGCCCUACCUAUUAGUAUUAACACUUCACUUGCUGUCUGGAAGAAGUCACUAUUCACGUGAUCAGGAAUAACUGUGUGUGAAAGGCGAGCAUGAUUUCAUUGCAUGCUACGGGAAAAACUGUAGCAUAACAAGUUCAGGGAUCCAAGACUGGAAGCAGUGCAGUGGGGCGCUGCGAGCAGCUGACUGUUGCUGUGGCAGUGGGCGAGGACAUCUAGCACAUAUUCCAUGUUCACCCGCUAUGGCCAGAGGUUAUUUUUUUUCCAUUGCAUUAAUAUCUUCAAUUUUUAGUGGUAUUUUAUUUAUUAAGGCUAAGUACACAAUAAUAAUACCAUAUAUAUUUGGUUCAAAUAAUGUAAAAAAAACUUUGGGUAAGGGGAUGGGUCAAAAUGGGCCACCUCCAAUUUUACAAAGGUAGUGAUUUAACGAAUGUAAUUUGUGUAACCGCAAGCAUACAUAAAAUCAGGGUUCUAGUGUACUGUCGCGAAACAGUAUGGACCAAAACUUGCCCACAAUAAAAAAAAUAUGGACCAUUUAAUAUGUUAAAAGUGGAAGAAACAAUUAUGAUUUGUUUCUUUUGUAACACAUAAUGGUAAUGGUAUCAAAAAACAAACAUAAACAAAAUGGCUUACAACCAUGGACAUUAACAAAAACACUGAGACUGUUAUUUUAUGGACAAAAUAUGAAACAUAAAAUAAAACUAUGUUUUAAUUGAUAGUUACGAUUAGUCAACCACUAUGUUCUCAUAUAUGUAGCUUACUUGCUGCAUUUAUCAGACACUAUAGACAUUAGGACUUGCAACUCAAAAGUAAAAUAAAAAAGUGAAUAAAAAAGCCAGAUUUGGGUGAAAUUAGCCGUAAAUGUGUUAAGUAAUAUUGCCAAAUGGACAUGAGGCCGUAAUAAAAAACUGAAACUGAUGAAUAACGCUAGUUAAAAGUGUAAAUAUGAACUAAUUUAAUCACUAUUAUGAAAAAUAUGGUGUUUGUUUUCAUUUAGCAAUUAUAAAAUUAAAUAAAUUUAGCCUUAUUUUGUGGUAUUUGUUGGUUUGUGAAAAAUACCUGCCUGUGUCAAUUUUUAAUCACUAGCUUUGGGCAUAAACAAAAAAAAAAUUCUUAAUAAAAGUAUACAAAUGUUUGAAGUCUCUUACCUCAGUUCCCAUCUCGUUUUUUGCUGGAAUGUGUUUUCUUAACCCGGAAUUUUCCUAGGCCGAAAUUCACCAUCCCACUAAGUUUCUCAGUAAUAUAAUAAUAAACCCUUUAAGUAUUUUUUUUAUGUCUGCUCUUGGGGUAUUGAUCACAAGCUUUCAACUUCAGAUUGGCGUAUUUUACAGCAAUACACCCACUCUGAUUGAAAGCAAAUUUAAGUAAACUAAAAUUUAUGUAAAAUAAUAUUUUACUACUACAUAAAUAUGGCAAUUCAGAAGUAUUCUAUAUUGUUGUAACUAUACGACUACAAAUUAUAUUGCACCGAGGGUCUUAAGUUUAUGUUGUCAAUUGUUAUCACUAUAUUUUUAUAUAAGUAAUGGUAUGAUUUUUCACAAAUUAUUUUUCCUUAGAAAUAUUUUAUUAAAAAUGAAAUACUUAUGUGCAUAGACAUCACGAACUGUAAUUUUAAUUUUCUUUCGUCUUGUUUAUUUAUUUUAUCUUUCACUUACAUUUUUUACUAGUUUUUGUAAUUAGAAUCUAAAUGUACUCAUGAUCUGAAAUUACAUAAUUUUCAUAAGUACCAUUUGUGGUUCCUAAAACCAUUUUUAACUCCUGCCUGAACGUCACCCUUAAAAGGCCGGCCUAUUCAGGGCUACAACUUUGUCAGUUAUGCGGGAUGAUUAAGUUUGACGCUCGCUGGUAUCUCCUCUAAGCACGAGGCUUUGAACUGGUGCCUAAUCUUGAUGUGCUAAGGACAACUAUGAAAUUUGAGCUGCAACCAUAACAUUAUAUUGCAUGUAAAUGAAGACAAAGGUGUAAUGGAAGGCCCUUGGGUGCUUUCAAAAAUCUGUACCAGACAUUUCAUGUUUAAAAAUUAUUCUGAAAACAGGUGUUUUAGCCAUUCUCUCUCUUAUAUACCGUAUUUGCUCGCGUAAAGGCCCCGCCCGCAUAUACGCCCCCCCCCUCGUUUUGUAAACAUUUUUGAAAAAAAAUUUUAAAACGUGUUUUUCUGGGUUUAUCUGAGGGCAGGGCAGCUUGGCAUGCAUCAAACAGCAAGCCAUGUAUUUUUAGUGGCGGGAGGUGAUUUUGUAAGCGGCAGUGAUACAGCGACUGGUAUUAUAGUUUGUCCGCUCUCAGUAAGACUGUCGUGAGGCGUAACAGACGUACACAGUUAGUCGUAUUUCAAACGACAUAAAGAUAAAGAAAGCUGGACUCGCGCGCUUGUGUUGAUGUGCAGUGUUGUCGGAGAAGAAGAGGGGAAGUGAAGGAGGAAGGGAAGUGGGCGGGGGCUUAGCCAGGGAGGGGGGGGGUUUAGGGGUUCAAACCCCCCCCCCCCCCCCCCUUAGCACCAAAUAUUCAAUUAAUUUCUUAUUCAUCACUCAAACAAAUUUCAUAUUAAAUUUAAUAAAAUUUUUACCAUUACAAUAUUUAAAUUUAAGUACUGCAAACUGCUAAAAUAUCACUAUUUUACACCUUAAAAUCCAAAUUUUCUCGGGGGAGGACCCCCGGACCACCCGCUUUAAUACGGGGGGGCCAUGCUUCUUAACACCCCCCAUACACAAAUCCUGGCUACGCCACUGGAAGUGGGUGGUAUUUCUAACACUCCUUUGUCUGGUUGGCUGGCUAGCUGGCAGAAGGGAGGUUAAGCCACGCCUCUGCCUCUCCCCCACUGCGGACUCGCUGCCUCUCUCUCCCUCCUGCAGCAUCGCUGCCUCCCCCACCCUCCCUCAUUAGAACAAAGACGCACGACUUGCCAGUCGUUCUGCCAGCUGUUUCAUUAAUCAAAAUUUAAUUGCGCGUUUAAAUAAGGUGUGGCGGUAUUUCAUUUUGCUUUUAUUAAAUGUUAGUUUUUCAUACCUGAAAAAAAGAAAAAUCUAUUUUUUCCUCAAAAUUCGCGUAUAGUCCCCCUCCCCUUUUUAGGAGUAGAAAAUUUGGAAAAAAAAGGGUGGGGGCUUUACGCAAGUAAAUACGGUAAAAACAGUUUUAAAACAAAAUAAUGGAAACAGAACUACUCACCCGCCCUCAGCGUGUUCCGAAAUGCUUUUUGUAAACAGACCCACUCACAUAUCUUGAGUGGUUUCCAAAUCGUGUGGUUUCUUCUGAAGCUCUGCAUACCGUAUGUGUGCCCAAGUGGAAUGGGCCAAUGAAAUCCUUAAAUACCAUCAAUCUUUAGUACUCUAAAAAUUUGAUACUAAGGAAAAAUGUGGAGGAAAAGAAACAACUGUGAGGAAAGGAAAUUCAGAAAUUCUGGCACUACCCACAGUGUAGUUUACAAGGACUAGGGGCAUAUGUAUGGGGAUGGAUAUUUCCCCUUUCCCUGCCCAAAAUUCCAAAUAUGUAUUAAAAUCUACCACUGCGACCAACAAAAGUAAAGAAUUCGAAAGUAUACGGAUAGAAAUGUGUUUCUAUCCCUCCUUCCCCUUUCACUCCAAAAUUAAAUUCUGUAUACGCUCUUGCAAAGUCAACACUAUUAUUGACAGAAGCUAACAAAGGAAUGUUUGUAACUGCCACCAGCUAUGUACAGUGCUCUGGGAAUGUUUGUUUAGCACUUCUAGAGAAACAUUUAUGACAAAAAAAAAAGGAAUUGUUUAUGGCUUAAACAUGUACUAUAUUUAUUUUGUUUUAAUUUCAAAGAUAACAAUUGUAUGGGUUGAAUGAUUAUUAAAAAUUUUAAUUUC